AUAGAUGGCGCCAUAUACCCAUGUUUUUGUUUUGGAAAAAAUAGGUUAUUUCUUUAUUUUUAUUUUUCAUUAUUCCAGUUUUGAAAAAUAUAAAUUCACCAUGGCACUAGUAUUUCUUGAAGAAGAUCCCUGGUUGUUAGAGUACGAAUCAUGCGAAAAAUUGCAGAGAGAUAUUAUGGAGCAAUUAACGCUCAGGCAGAAAUAUCCUAGAACCAGCGAAUCGUAUUCACAAAUAUCUGCUAACGUUCGGCUAAGGUUAAAGCAAUACAACAAUGAAGUUGGACAACUUGAAAGGAAAUUGAAUGAUACAACAUUAUCACAAAACUUGUAUCCUUACUCCUACUGAAGCGUAUACACUGUGUAAUUCGUCAAUUCUCCUGCCUAAAUCAAUCAUAUUUGCUUUGAACUCCUGAAGAAACUGAAAGGCGUACAAGGCAGAUAGAAUACUUGAAGACAAAGAAUGUCCAAAUGCAACAAAUCUUUGAUGAACAAGUUGUUAACAAAAUGCUUGAGGACAGAAGACAACUGACUGGGAGUUCACCAUGGGGCAACGAUUCAUUCAGAGAUUCUGAAGGUGCUACCAGUACAGCCAGUGCUUCCGUAUCUGACAUGAGGUCAAAUCAGAAAAAUAUGUUAAAAGAGCAAGAAAAUGGCUUGGAAAAUCUGUCACAAAUCAUAUCAAGGCAGAAAGAUAUUGCACAUACCAUAUCAAAUGAAGUAGAUUAUCAUAAUGAAAUAUUGGAUGAUCUUGGGGCGCAAAUGGACAGGACAGACACAAGAGUCAGAUCAGAAACCCAACACAUUGGUGUUGUCAGUGAAAAAGACAAUACUUGUGGAUAUUGGAUCGUGAUAAUUUUGCUCCUUAUAAGCAUUGUAACUGUUGCUAUCAUUUGACUCAACUGUUAUUCCCAUUAUACCAAAACCCCAACGCAUUGUAGUAGGAUAAGUACCAAAAUAAUGUUUACAUUUUAAUUCUGUUUAUUUGAUAUAUUUUUUAUUCAAAGUGAUAUGUCUUUAUAUUUUCACCAAUAAAUGAUUCAAGAAGAUUCGGAA